CUGGCCCGGACGCUUUCACCGAGUACUUGGUUUCUGAACCGCCCUUGUUCCAUUCAGAUUGGUCAAUAAGAGGGCUACGAUUCUGCUUUUUCUGGCCUCGCAGAUCUAUCCUCCGCACUUCCUUAUUUUCUUCGAGAGAGAGAAAUGCCGCGGCUCAUACGUCGCCGUCCGCUCGCCGAGCGGAUUAAAUCUUAUCUGAACCCCUUGGAUUUCCUUCUGUGGCUGUCUGAGGAGAUUGAUGCGAAUGAUUGGGACCAGUUUGAGAAAGACUGGGCGUUGCCUGUUGGUGUUGCUUUGAAUCUCGUCUUCUUGGUUGCCAGGGCAAACAGUCAGUCGUCGGGGAGCCAGGCGAUUGACGAUGUCUUUGGGGAAGAUGGGGGAGUCCCAUGGCUGAGCUGGCUGGCCUCUUUCAUUGUUCACAUGCUCGCUUUCUUCUCGGUCUUCAAUGCCGUCUAUACCUUCUAUCGCAAACGACACUAUCGUCUAUUCGAAGCCCCCAUCGACCAGCCUCCUGCAACGCCCUCUGCGCACCGUGUCCGGGUACAGUCCACCCCGAUGACAGCCUCGCCGCUGCGGUAUCUUGCUGGGAAGGUCAUGACGGGGGCCGCAGAGUCGAGGGCGCAUCCGGAUGCGCAGAAGGAUGUCUGGGAACUUGCCGUCUGGGACCCCCUACCGAUUUGCUUGAGAUUGUUCUGUCUAUUUAGUCCUGGACAUGUCUUGGUCUACUGGCUUUUCCUCCCUACGCAGAUCUCCGAUCCUCGUCCGAGCAUUACAAUUGUGACGACUUUGGUUCUCACGACCUUGCUUUCUGUCCAAGCGUCGCUUCUGUCCUCAUCAUUCACCCAGCAGGCGAAAGACUCUACCCUGGUGCAUAAAGAAGUCCUGAAGGAGUACGAUAUCAAAUACGUGCACCCGCGAACCCAACCUCGGAUGAGAGACGUGGGGACUCAGUUCUCCGAGGAGAACGCUACCCAGGCAGGCGCUGACAACAACUUCAACAAGGUCGAUGUGUAUACGCCUACUACUGUCGUCAACCGCGGAUUUAUGACAAGCCCCAACCCGAACUAUGUCACAAUUCCCCUGGCAUCACAUCAGUGGGCUCCACUGCAGACCCCCAGCCAUCUACGAGACGCUUCUCCCCUCGUUCGUGGUACAAGCACUGCCAUUCGCCAGCCACAGUUCCGCCCGUCAUCGGCUGCCGGCACUGGGGAUGGUGGCAGCCUCGGCGUGUUUUCUCACGCAAAUUCGCCCUUGAGGAAGUCUACAGCAGUCAAAAUAGACUCUCGCCGUAGCGUCCAAAAUCCUGGCGAGUUUUUCUACAAGGACAGAGGAGCAAGCCCAUUGAAGAAAGCGUCCAGUCCUCUGAAGAGGAGCAGCAUCCCUGGAGGCGCAACCCCUGCGGCAAGUGCUCCCAAAUUUGCCCAUCCGAGCAGCCGUCGAGAAACCGGAUAUUUUUGAUACCGCAACUGUACCAGUUUCUCGACCGGGCAUCUUCUAGUUACCGCCAGCCUUUCCAUGGAAUCC